CACAUCAACUAGUCGAAAAAUAAUGUUGGGUCAAAGAUCAACAGAAAAAUAUUUGAACCCUCGAUACCAAUCCAGUAUCCCCUCGUCACUGGAUGUCGAUAUUUAAAGUCGAUGCUGAAUACCGACGCCACAGGAGAAGGGUAAAUCUGCGCAUCACGAUAGGUCGAAUGCAGAUAGAAAAAAGAACCCACACACCAAAGUUAACAUGAAUCUAUUAUUGUCUGCAUCGUCUCCAGACGGUAGCUUAGCCGCAAUCAAGGCUCCUUCAUCGGCUUCGUCUUCGCGACAUUUGAUUCGUAUCUACCAAGUGGGGGACUCAUCAACGACGCUUCAAUCAACAUUGACCCACGCGUCGAAUCUUCCUCUUGUGCAGCUAAUUUUUGCUGGAAGAACAUCGGUUCUUGGACUUUUUGGACGCCAGGAGGUUGUGGUAUGGGAUCUAGAUCGUGGCGUCGUUGCUGCCACUUUUUCUGCCUCAGAUGAUCAAGCUUUCUUAUCCCUGGCCGCCCCUAGUGAUGACGAGGAAGAGAACGAAAAUAAUUACUAUGCAUUGGUUCGUCAUGGUCCAAAACUAGUUGUACAUGAAUAUUUAGCAUCAAGCAACAAACUGAGACGAAAAAUCAAGAGUGGUCGGAUGAAUGAUUCGGAGGACGGUGAUGUUGAUUAUAGUGAGAUGGAAAAAAAGGAUGCAGCAUCUUUAAUUAUUACUUCGUCACAUGUUAUCGUGCGUGCGAAAGGAUGUGGGAUCCGUGUAAUGGAAAAGGAUUCUGGGAAGAAGACUGGGAAGAUCAAACUCAAGGAAUCUUCUUACGGAGAAGCAUCGAGCAUGGAGAUGAGCUCUUGUAUUGGAGACCAAAACAUUUUGGCGGCUAUCGAAAAAUCUGGGGAUGCUGUCUUAUUCGAUCUGGGCUCAUGCAAGGAGGUAGCUCGUCUUCCAACCGACAGUUCUCCAACACAGAAAACUGGUCUACAGCUCGUAGCCCAACAAACAAAAGAGGAUUCAUUUACUCUCUUUCGCUAUGAUUCCCUUUACUCAAUCGUCACUGAAAAGAACAGAUCGUCACCGUAUGAAAAAAUAUCACAAUUGUCUAGCAGCAAUCCAGUGGCUGUAUUUUUAAGAAGUAAUGACAAGGCACUAGCACUAAUUCAACAACGAUCUUCGGACUAUCGAGUGCAAGUGAUCGAUUUCUCUGAAGACAGCGAAGAAGAGCUUCCAGCCGUCUUCAAGUUGGAUCAAGAAGCUAGCUCUAAGGGAAAGAACGAAGCUACAAGCAAAAAGAAACGAAAUUCUUCAGAAAUUAAGGUGCUUGGCCCUGGGCAAGCUGGUAGCGAAACAAUUACUUCUGUGAAAAAGUUAAGAGUAAAUAGUUGCGAAGACGAAGAUGAAAUGGAUGUUGAAGAAAAUGGUGACGACGACGAUGGCGACGAAACGAGAAACCUGACGAUUGGUGAACGGCUUCAAAUGUUGACUGAUGCCCUAGAUGAAGAAAAUAACGAUGGGGAAGAAAACGACAACGAUGACGACAAAGCUGUAACAGCCGCUAUUGCUGCCGCUGUUGGAAAAACAAAAUUCAAACCCCAAAAGGCCACUACCGAAUCCCUGAAAGAACUCUUGACCCAAGCUCUUCAAUCGAGCGACGAUAACCUUUUGGAACUAGCACUUUCUGUUCACGACAUGAAAAUAAUUGCUACGACUAUAAAAGAAAUGAACGAGGAUCUUUUGGUCAUACUGCUGGGAAAGCUUACAUCUCGUUUGGCAUCUAGCCCACUUCGUGCCGAAUCUCUUUCAAUUUGGAUAUCUCAUUGUCUGAAGAGAGGCAGUUUCGACUCAGAGCAUCUAGCUGUUUUGAGAAAUAUGCUUUACGAGCGAAUAGAAAGUUUUUCAGAUUUACUGCGUUUGGAAGGAAGGCUGUCUAUGAUGGUAGAUUGAUUUUCUUUACACAUAACAGCGGGAUAUCGAACCGGUCAAACCAGGACGGAUGACGAUCCAAUAAAUUCAAAUACUAUUA